AUGGCAGGAAAGUUCUACAGAGUGCCUCAGCGAGAGAGGAAGCCUGGAACAGAUGUAGACAUUAGAGACUUAAAGAGACACAAAACUUGUACAAGAACAGAGUACUACACGUCUGAAAGGGAGCAGCUUCGGCCGCCCAGGUGCCGGGACCCCGCGGCUCGGGCGAGCCGACCCCCCACCCACCCAGCGCGGCCUACACCCCCACCCACCCCCCGCCGGCAACGCUGCGGCCGCCAGGGCCGCCGUGGCUCGCCGGACCCGGGGGAGAGCGCGCGGCGGCCGGCACGCGGUGCGGACGCGCCUCCCCGCCGGCCCGCGGCCCGCCGCGCACACUUACUUGAGGGGCCCGCCGGGCUCCAGGCUCGCUCUGAGGGGGAGCGAGCGUUGUCACCGCGUCGCCGGGCCGUCGCUCCCGCGUCCUCCUCGCCGCCGCCGCUUCUCCUCGGAGGGGUGGGCGGAGAGCUUAGCGAGAGCCCGGGCGUUUGCAACUUUUCUUCACUUUCUCUUCCACCGCCCCCCGAAAAGGAAGAAGGGGAAAAAAUGUCGACGACAGGGAUGAAGAAGUUGAGGAGGUACUUCCAGACCAUCUUUCAGAGGGAAAAAAGGAGCCCAUUUGGAGGAUACACUUCUGUGAAGAUUGCGACUCAGAUGUGAGCUGCUGAGGCUGGGGAAGGAGAGCCUGUUGAGAUGGAGCUGGAACCAGCCAGCUACAAAUCCCAGGGUGACAUGGGGGAAAUUUAGAAGGAAACUUCGUAUGGAACCGACCUAGAUCAUGACCCACAGACUGAACUGGGGUAAAGAGAAUGAGGAAGCUCAUUCCAGGAAGAGAAAACAAGUAUAGCUGGAGAAACAGAGGCGGGAAAAUUAUGUUAAAACAUUUGACUUCAGUAAUAUAAAGUCUGGAAAACAGUUUAGAGCUAGAUUACAUUAGGACCCAGCCAAAGAAUUUACAUGUUGUAAGUGACUAGAAAUGAUAGGAUUUUUUUAAUCAUAAAACUAUAUAAAUAUGUUACUAUAUGUUAUAUAUAAUUACAUACAUUAUUGCAAAACUAUACAUAUGCGUUGUAGAAAGUUAAAUUAGAUGCAGUGUAAAAAACAAAGUAAGAACCUUUUCACCUGGUCUGGUGGUCUUCACUAGAAACUCAGCACUCAAGAUGCUGAGGCAAGAGGGUUAAAGUGAGGUGGAGGCUUGCCGGAGCUACAUAACAAGGCUUGGUUUCACAGAAUGGGAAAAGAAUCACCACAUUCAGUGGUUACUUAAGAAAUAGAAAAACACUUUUUUUUAUUGUUACAUCUUUUAGUGGUGUGUUUUCUGUCCCUUCUUCCAACUUUAAUGAGGUAUAAUUGGCAAAUAGAAAUUAUAAACAUUCAAAGUAUAUGAUAUCAAGACAAGUGUAGGCUGUAAAAUUAACUUUUAUUCACCCAUUUCAAUUGUUGUCUCCGAGGAUUGCUGCCUCCUUCUGCUAACCUAGGCCUAGUCCUGGACGCGGCUAGCCUCUGUACAGUCUAACCUAGGCCUAGAAUGUUUUCAGCCUCUGACACUUAGUGCUUAAUAAGAUCACCCUUUCUCGUUCUUUCUGAGCUCAUAGCUGGCUGCUUCAACUUAGCUGUUCUGGCUCAAACUCUUCUCCCGGCUGACUUAUUUAAUCUGGCUUCACUUGGCCUCACACUAACUCAGCAAUCUGCUCCACUAUGCUGGCUUCUUCUCAUUUUCUGGCUCGUUCUGUCUUCCCCUGAUUUCUCAC